AUGCCAUCCCCUCAGCUGGCAGCUUCCCCAAACCUCGCGCGGAGUCGUCCCUCGCCUGAUCAACGCAAACGAGAACCCUCAAAGAAACCAACCAUACAAGUGCAAGCUGGCAUACGAGUCGAGUUUCUAGCCAUGGCACAGCCAUAUUCCAGAGAGGUCGAGAAGCCUGGAUUGGUCGACAUGAGAACAAUCGAGUCGGACAAUAUGCAGGUCCCUUUGGAAGACAACGAAAGCGCCAAGAUUGCGAACAACACGUUUGUCUAUCGCGUUCUGAGAACCCGGCAUGGUGGACAAAGAGCUCGCCCCCUGCGAGAUCUACUCAAAAGCGCCGUGACAAUCGGCUGGGUUGGCCUCGCCAUUUAUGGCGUGCUCAAGUUUGUCAAUGACAGUCCCAUCGGAGUCCCCACUCCACGCCCGCAAUCCCCACCAGCCAUCUGCCAAACCCCGGAAUGUAUCCAUGCGGCAUCAGAGAUUCUCUAUAGCCUCGACCCCAACUAUGGCCAAAUCGAUCCUUGCACCGACUUUGACCAAUUUGUCUGCGGCGGUUGGAGAGAGCGCCAUGACAUGCGCGCUGACCAGGGUUCUGUUUUUGCCGGGACCAUAAUGGAGGAGAACGCUGAAACCAACCUUCGGCAUAUUCUCGAGCAACCACAAGCUCCAGACUCGGCUGACAUCAAUAACUUCGAGAAGAUCAAAGCUGCAUACGAUGCUUGCUUGGAUGAAUCGACCAUCAAGCAGCGCGGAAGUAAGCCCCUGGAUGAGCUGCUGGCUCGCCUGCAGAACUUCUAUCCCUCAAAGAGCGGCCUGGUUGCCGGAACUCAGGAUCACCUCACGGAUGCUCUUUUGUUUCUGUUGAAGACUGGGGUGUAUGCCCUGGUAUCACCGGGUGUGUCUGCGGAUGAUCGAGAUCCUGACAAUGUCGUUAUUACGGUGACGCCACCUCGUGCGAUUGGCCUUCCUGCGAGGGAAUAUUACAACAAUACAGAGAUGGUGACCAAAUACACCGAUGUCGUGAAGCAGGUGCUUCAAGGGUUUGGAGGCAGCGACAAGAUUGCCGAGAACAUUGUCGCUUUCGAAACAAAGCUUGCCAACGCGACCCCGGACACUGCAACCCAGGAGGACGUGACAAAGUACUAUAACCCACGCACUGUCAAGGAGACCGAGUCACUGCUCCCCCAGGUCUCGUUCGCCGAAAUUAUUGCAGAACUGGGUCCUCAUGAUUACAAGGGUGACCGCCUGAUUAUUGGCUCGCCUUCAUAUAUGCAGGCCCUGUCUGACAUCUUGACUGAUGCAUCGCGAGAGACUGUUUCAUUCUUCUUGCAGUGGAAGCUCAUCCAGCAAUAUGCGACUUACAUCGAGGAUGACAAGAUCACUCCUCUACGUCGAUUCGAGAACAAGCUCGAGGGAAAGGACCCUCAGUCAUCUGAGGAACGCUGGCGCAAGUGCAUCAAGCGUCUUGACUCGGGUCUUGGUUGGAGCCUCAGUCGUUUCUACAUUUUGAGCUCCUUUCCCGAAGCCUCGAAGAAGCUUGGUGACCAGAUCGUGUCGGACAUCAAGGAGCGAUUCGCUUUCACCCUGGACCAGACUGCUUGGAUGUCUUCGGAUGUCCGCAAGCUGGGCAUCAAGAAGGUCGAGAACAUUGUUCAGAAGAUCGGAUUCCCCACCAAGAACCCCAACCUGUUGAAUGCACAGGACGUGGAGAAAUAUUAUCACGACCUGGAGGUAUCCGACAGCAAGUUCUUCGAGAAUGAAGUUGCUGUGGCACGGUUUGAUCUUCAUAAUGAAUGGUCCAAGCUGGGCAAACCGACCAACCGGGACGAGUGGGAUAUGACAGCUCCGACAGUCAAUGCCUACUACAACCCGCCCGGAAAUGAGAUUGUUUUCCCCGCCGGCAUCAUGCAGCCCCCAGUGUUCUACGGGCCCAAAGCCCCGCUCUACCUUGCCUACGGUGCAUUCGGCGCUGUGAGUGGUCAUGAGCUCUCACAUGCGUUCGAUUCCACUGGUCGGCACUAUGACGAAAUUGGGAACUACACCGAUUGGUGGGACGAGAAGACUGUCAAGGCGUUUGAGGAACGGACUCAAUGCUUCGUUGACCAGUAUUCGAAUUAUACUGUGGAGGGACCUGGAGGCAAGGUUCUUCAUGUGAAUGGCCGCUUGACACUGGGAGAGAACAUCGCCGAUGCAGGCGGCCUCGGUGCUUCGUUCCACGCGUGGAAGAAACGCGAUGAGGCCAGGCCCGAUCUGGCCCUUCCCGGACUGACUACCUUCAGCAAGGAGCAGUUGUUCUUCGUCUCGUAUGCCAACUGGUGGUGUGGCAAGACCACCAAGGAGGCUGCCGAGCAAAGCAUCUACAAUGACCCACAUGCUCCCAAGUCGGCCCGCAUUAUUCUGACGAUGGCCAACUCGCGCGAAUUCAGAGAUGCUUUCCACUGCCCGGCGAAGAAACCGGUCUGCAAGCUUUGGUAG